GGCGGCGGAGCAGGGAGCUGGGGCUGCGAGGCUGCCAUCAGCAGGCACCCCGGCCGCCAUGAGCCAGCACUACACCAUCCACUUCGCCAAGGGUGCCCCGCCACCCCGGAACCCCGCCAAGCACUACUUCUUGGACAGGGAAUUGGGGCACCAAAAAGAUAUCCUGACAGAGGAUGACGUCUACUGCAGCUGCCUGGCCAAGACUCUCUGCCACGUGCCUGUCCCUGUGACCGUGGGUUUCUAUGCCCCCUUUGGCUGCCGUUUGCACAUGAUGCUGGACAAGAUCAUGGUGCUGAUGCAGCAGGAGGCGACCCAGUGUGAGGCCAAGGAGCUGCAGCACGUGCAGUGGCAGCCGCGGCCCGUGCAGGGCUGGGGCUUCUCGAAGCUGCUGUGGUACCUGGUGUUCCUGCAGCCCAUCAUCACCGAGGUGCAUCUGCGGCGCAAGAAUGUCAAGUUCCUCUUCAUCCGCUUCAGCGCCUGGCAGUACGCGGGCACUGACAAGCUGUGGGCCGGCCUGGUGACCACGCUGUGCGAGGGCAUCCGCCAACAAUACGGCGCACUGCCCUUCAGCUUGUACUCGGUGCUGGGCAAGAAGGCGGCCACGAGGCUGGGCUGCCGCCAGCGCGAGUGGCACUGCCGGCGCCAACUGUGCCUGACACUGCUGGCACUGCUGGCGGCGCUCAGCCUGGGCAUGAGCCUGCUCUACCUGUCGAUGGGCUCCCACGCGCUGAGCCACGGCAACCUGUUCCGGGCAUUCGGCGGCGCGGCCACCACGCUUUCGAGCUCCGGGCUGCUCAUGGCCGUGUACUCGGUGGGCAAGCACCUGUUCGUGAGCCAGCGCAAGAGAAUUGAGCGGCUGGUGUUGCGCGAGAAGUUCGGCAGCCAUCUGGGCUUCAUGUGCGAGGUGAAGAAGGAGGUGAGGCUGCUCACCGACUUCCUGUGCUUCCUGGAGAUCUACCAGCGGCGCCGGCUGCGCGUCGUGCUCGAGAUCACAGGGCUGGACACGUGCUACCCGGAGCGCGUGGUGGGCGUGCUAAACGCCAUCAACACGCUGCUGUCCGACAGCCACGCGCCCUUCAUUUUCAUCCUGGUGGUGGACCCCAGCAUCCUGGCUUCGUGCCUCGAGAGCGCCUGCUCCAUGAAGGGCACGGCCGACAACGGUUACGUCUUCCUCAACCGCACCAUCACGCUACCCUUCUCCGUGCCCAUCAUGGGCCAUCGCACCAAACUGCAGUUCCUGCACGAUGCGGUGCGAAGCCGCGACGACCUGCUCUAUCGCGAGAUGACGCGCAAAGUGAGGUCGCGGGGCGGGGACGGGGACGGGGGCGGGGACGUCGAGCCGCUCCUGGAGAUGGAGGAGCAGGCCCGGGCCGAGAGCGCACAAAGCGUCCUGGAAGUCCAGGCGGCUCGCAGCAUCCAGGAGGCGCUCUGCUGCCUGCACGACGAGGGCGACUGCCUCUUCGAGUACGUGCCCGACAACGUGGUGUCCAUGCGGCGCAUCGUCAACACCGUGCCCAUCACCGUGCGCCUGCUGCAACAGCAGCAGGGGGACUUCGGGGGCCUCUCGCCGCGCCAGGCCGUGGCUUGGGUCGUGCUCGCCAACCAGUGGCCGUGCCGUCUCAGCUGGGUUCUGCAGUGCCUGGAGGACCGGCAGCAGGCCGGGGGCGCGCCCGAAGCCUGCGCGCGCCUCUGGGACGUGUUCUGCGACCACAGCCUCGAGCUGCACACCAUGACCGAGACGCUGCAGAAGGUGCUCGACCUGGACGGCGACCCCGAGCUUUUCCAGCGCUUCCUGGGCGCUGACUUCCCCUUCACCGUGUCCGAGGCGCAGAGGCUCCUGCGCUGCACCGUCAACCUGGACCACUCCAUCCGCCGCCGCAUGGGCCUCAUCCGGGCCGUCAGCACGCUCAAGUCGCCCCGCCCGCCCAAGUCCCCUGCCCGCAAAGCCCCGCACACCGCCAGCGGAGCCAACCACGCCCCCGGGGCGGCCUGGGCAGGCCAGGCUCCUGCGCAUGCCUGCGAAGCCCACCAACCCCCCGGACGGGGGCAAGUCCAGACCCAUGGCCUGAGUGCCCUUCACUUGGGGUCAGUCUAGCCCAGGUGGGCCUUGAAUGGAAGACCUUGGGCGCAGCAGAGGGCAACACUUCCUUCUGCCCAGAUGAGAGCGUAGCGGGCCUAACUGGGCCCAAGGCCCAGGGUCCAGUGUCCAGAAUGAGGCCUGUGGUGGCCACAUACCCCAGGUGAAUCUGUGAGCCAGAGAGAGCUGUUGGCAGUAGCUACCAGGAGUGGGGCAGUGUAUCAGUGACAGCAUCUGAGAGCCCAGGCAGAAGGACCCAUGAGGAACUCGGGGUUCAAGUGCAAUAAAUGAAGAUGUGAA